AUAGGAGUUAAUUGUUUAUGAUGGCGUGUGUCCGCCCAUCACUUCUCUUCUUACACUCGUCUCAUUAUUUUCUUAAAUUCGCAAUUCCAAAAGGAAACCGUCGACUUAACGAGUCUCCGCGUGACCACUCUCAACCCAACACGACAACAACAACAACUCAGAGAACAACCUUAAGAGUUUCAACCUCGUAUUUCUCUGUGUCUUCCUCGCUCGUUGUUUUUCUUUUCGGUUACCAGUCGCUAGUGAUAAUGGAUGUUCUUGCGGGCCCCACUUUCACCAUCGACGUUCCAUCGUCUCCGCCGCCGUCGUACGCCGGAGACUCGUCGGAGAGCUCCUCGUCGAUCGGCACCCCGGACGACAGCGAGGACGAAAACGACAACGUUUCGCCCCAAGAAGAAGAAGAAGAGGUUCAGAGCAAGUUGAAGGGUUUGAACUCUCUCAAUUCCUUAGAAGAAUCUCUCUCCAUCAAGAGGGGAUUAUCGAACCAUUUUGUUGGGAAAUCAAAGUCAUUCACGGAUCUAUCUAAAGUGAGCACAGUGAAGGAACUUGAAAAGCAAGAGAACCCGUUUAACAAGAGAAGGAGGGUUCUGAUAGCAUCCAAGUGGUCAAGAAGAUCCUCUUUUUAUAGUUGGUCAAACCCAAAGUCAAUGCCCCUUUUACCCGUUGAUGAAGAUGAUGAUUAUGGAUAUGAUGAAGCAGAGAAAGCCAAAAAAGUGACCCCGUCUUCUUCUUCUUCUUCUUCACCCGCGGAGGAAAAGAAACCGCAAGAUCAAGUUUUGAACACAGUGCCUCUUUCUUAUGCCGCUCACAUGAGGCUUAGACUCGGUAGCUUCAAGAAUAGAAGAAGCCUUUCACUUGCAGAUCUGCAAGAGCAUGAUGAGGAGGCCCAAGAUGAGGAAGAAGAAGAUAAGGAUAAUUAGUGUUUUACAUUAUUAUUGUAUUUUCUGUGUAAAUACUCUUUUUAAUUUAGUUUAGUUUUUUAAUCCUUUUGUAAAAAAGAAAUUUUGUUUUGGGACUUAUUUAGACAAUCCAUUUCAAAUUAUUAUUAUUAUUAUUAUUAAUUAGAAGUU